UCUUCUGGUUCUGUGGUUUGCCGUCUGAAAACUUCCAGACAUAUUCUUUAAAAUACUACACUGUAACAGGAAGUCGUAACAACUUUAUUGAGGGUUUAUUAACUGUUAUAAUCAUGCCAGACUGGGUCAUAGUGUGUGUGGUCCUUAGCCUGUUAAUAAGUCUUAUAACAGGUUAUGUGUUGUACUCGGGUCUGCUAUCAGACAUCACCGUGGUAACCGGUUCUCCUCCCAUCACCAAGGUAACAUUCGCCUACAAGUUCAAACAAGGACCCUACCAAGGCAGCGCACCGCUGUUCAAGGAGUCUCACAGGAUUGGACCAAAGCUCACAUGUAUUGGAGUGUUUUAUGAUGACCCCAAAAAGGUGCCGGGACCACAGUGUCGCUACGUUGUCGGCAGUAUUCUGAGCGAGGGAGACAACAAGGCCGACGAGGAGCUUUUAAAGAGCUACGAGACAUCAGGCUUCAAUGUCUUCUCCUUUCCCGAAGUCACCCACGUGGUCACUACCUCGUUCCCCCUCAGGACGUUUUUCUCUGUCCUCCUGGGAAUAAGAAGAGUUUACCCACGGCUAACCCGCUACAUCAAGGAAAGGAGGCUGUGUGCACACCCGUUCCUUGAGAUCUACAGAGAAGGUCAGAUCCAGUUCAUGGCCCCCUUGGCCCGGCAGGGAGAUUUCUACGUGCCUGAAGUCCGACCGGCAGAAAGGAGUCUGUCAGAACAAGAGGAAUUGCUCAGUGACUCAGAUAUCUCAGGUGCAGACUCCAACAGUGAAUGCAGCUCAGGGAGUGGGGUUCUCCUGUCGGACAGCAGAGAGACGUCCCUGGCGGCGUCCUCGUCCCGCUCGGUGCCUAUACAGGAUCAAGGGGAUAGAAACUACAGAGGGAGAAGCUCCGGGGGAAGCUCGUUUAAAGAGCCGGACUGGGAGCAGAUCGGUGGACAGCAGGCAGAGAGAGAAGACUCCAACAAGAAGAUCCCCCAGGCUCAGGAGUGGUGGGGUGCUGUUGGAGAAGAGGAGUAAAAGUUCAGUGUGAGGCAUUAGUUGAAGAUGAGAGAGAGCGAUUGAAAUUCAAGAGGUUGGGAAAGCACAAAUUAUAAAAGCCUGUCUCACGAUGGGUUCAUGUCCAAAUAAUGAAAUAUUGAGGGGUAGUGAUAUUCUAUAUUUUUGUUAUUGUGAACAAAUCCCAUGAAAAGACCAAAACUAACAAUGUGUUUCUCAAUACGUUCAGACUUCCCUACCCUGAAAGCCCAUUCUUUCUUUCCUUGACUAUGACUUGCCCCAUAACUGUAUGUGAUUAUCAUAAAGUGGGCAUGUAUGUAAAGGGGAGACUCGUGGGUACCAAUAGGACCCAUUUUCAUUCACAUAUCUGGAGGUGAAAGGUCAAGGAACACCUUUGAAAACUACCAUGCCAGCUUUUCCUCGCCAAAUUUUACCAUAUGUUUAGAGUGUUAUUUAACUCCUCCUU